AUGAUAGAGGGAGAGUAUGCAUAUAAGAGUCUAUCCUCUCGAAUAAACCGUUCCAUCCUCAGUGUUUGUCCUGGCAUCGUCACUGGUGACCAGGACGAACCAAAGAAGAAGAAUUUGAAGGAAAAUAAGAGUCCGAAAAAGAUUGACAACGCAAUGAAGGCCGAAGACAUAGGAGACAACACCGAGAAACCCAUAGCGUUGGACCCCAGGGUAGAAAUAUACCGAGGUCGAUCCCCGAGACCUUAUGUUCCCAUAACAUUAUGGAGGACUUGGUGGAAGCUCUUCUACAAGUUCCUCGUAUUGAGGGAGAUUACAGAAGAGAAGAACCAGCGUUUCAUUUCCGUGCAAGAGGUGGGCAAACCUAAUUAUGAGUUGCUUGUGUCAGUCACUUCUGCAGGGUCGCGAGUUGUCGGAUGUGGAACUCAAGCAUUUGCGAGAGGCCAUGGAACGCCAUCAUCAGCCGAAGAAGCGAUAUUAGCAGAGCGUUUUGGCCUUAUGUCGAAGUUAUCACAAUGGUUUUCAUGGAGGACUGCUCCCAGUGGAGGCGAGGAAGCGGUUGUCGGAAAAGGAGGAUUUGACUCCGAAGGAGACGUUGGAACGAGCGUCAAACGAGUAGGAGAAAAUGCCACUCACUUGAGAGAAGGACCAUAG